GUUGUUUCACUCAACACAAUCGCCGGUUAACUAACUCACCUAGACACUCUACUUACGAUGAGCAGCUGUGUCUAUUCUUAAGAAUUACAAUGAUAAUUAGGGGUGCGUCAAGGUGCUGUUCAAAGCUACGACCUACUUUGGUCCGUCCAAUAAGUCGAUAUGGCCAGCAAUGCUGUCGCCGAUAUUCCACACCACCGAGUCAUACACCUCCAGCUAGUAACUCUAUGAGCUCUGGUGGAAUGUUGGCACCAUUCACAAAUGAACUAGACAAAAUCGCUCCCUCCUUCAAUAUCAGUGGGUCUCAAAUACAUAUCAUUAAAACCCCCACAGAUUUCUACGAAACACUAAAGGCCAGGAUACGUAGUGCCAAGAAGCGAAUAUUCUUAUCUACUCUUUACAUUGGGAAGUCUGAGAAAGAACUAAUUGAAACACUUCAAGAUGCUCUUCGCGCCAAUCCCGAGCUGAAGUUGAGCAUCCUCACAGAUGCGCUCCGUGGAACUCGAGAAGCACCUGAUCCAUCUUGCGCUUCUCUACUUGCCCCUCUUAUCACGGAAUUUGGGCCAGAACGCGUUGAAAUUCGGAUGUACCAUACUCCAAAUUUAACUGGUUUACGGAAGAAGCAUAUACCCAAGCGCAUCAACGAAGGAUGGGGCUUACAGCAUAUGAAACUCUACGGAGUUGAUGAUGAGAUAAUCCUUUCAGGCGCAAAUCUUUCCAACGACUACUUCACAAAUCGCCAGGAUCGAUAUCACCUGUUCUCCUCCAGCGAUGUGACGAACUAUUUCUGGGGGCUUUACCAAGGCGUCACGUCACUCAGCUUCCUAGUGCAACCUGCGGUAGAUGAGGCUGCCGGAUUUAGACUUCAUUGGCCGUCCACCAACGCAGCACCCUCGCCUCUAGAGCGCCCUAGUGAGUAUGUUUCAAAGGCUACAAAGCUUGUGAAUAGCCUGAUAGCGCCGAAGGAUACCAAACCAUCAAGUUUAAGCCCUCACGACACGACAGUGUAUAUGCUGGGUCAGCUUUCUCAACUUAUGAAGCCAGACACAUCGACUGAGCUACCCGCGAUCACGCAUGUUUUGAAAACACUUGGUUCUUCGGAGUACACCGGCUCAUCCUGGACUUUUACAGCUGGGUAUUUUAACCCAGCCCCGUCGCUCACAAACCUACUACUCUCUACAGCCUCACAAAACAACGUGGUAAUAACAGCAUCGCCUUAUGCGAAUGGGUUUUACAAAUCGAAAGGUGUGUCGGGACUUCUGCCAGAUGCGUAUACUCUACUUGCCCGACGAUUUCUUCGCGCAAUUAAAGAGCGAAAGCAAGACUCCACGGUCAUCCUCAAAGAAUGGAGAAGGGGAACUGUUAAUGAGCCGGGUGGAUGGACAUAUCACGCCAAAGGAUUGUGGAUAACCCUUCCUCACGAACAUGACCCGUCGAUGAGUAUAAUUGGAAGUUCAAAUUAUACCAAACGCAGCUACUCCCACGAUCUAGAAGCGGGCGCCUUGAUCGUAACCCGGGACCCUGAUUUGAAGAAGAGAUUGGGGGACGAGCAAAAGUGGCUGCAGGAGUAUGCAAGUCCUGUCACCUUAGACGACUUUGCAAAAACGGAAAGACGAGUCGGAUUACAGGUCCGAAUUGCAAUGUGGAUUGUCAGUCUUGUCGGUGGCGCGUUAUAACGAUCUAGCCGGCACUGAAGCUUGAAAAUCCCGGCUACAUUUGGCGGCCCAACUGAAGACUCGACGCUCCGUGGCUCUGCGUUUCCCGGCGAAUUGGCGCCUUCCAUUCCCUUUUCUUAAUAAAGCAUGGUGGUAGACGGGCAUCAAUCUACCGAGCCAAGGUUCCGAGCUAUCGGCGGAGCAGCUGCUUCCGCAUCUGAUCUCACAUAUCAUCACAAAUGAUACCCACCAUAGAUCAUACAAUACUCUUUCUCACCUGUAUCUGGGCUUACCAGCCGAAUUUGCUGUAUUGUAUACCGUAAC